AUGGAGCCCAAGCCGUCUUCGGCGGCGCAUGGUGACGCGCCCGCGGUCGAGGCCCCCCGCCGCCGUGGCGGCGGCGGCAAGCGCAAGUCGGCCGGGUCCUCGUUCACGCCGUCGAAGCGGCAGGCCAAGGAGCGGAACGCUUCCUUCCACGUGCCGCCGCAUCUUCUGCACAGCGGGCCGCUCACCCGCGCCGCGCGCCAGUCGCCGCACAAGCUCGCGGGCACGUUGCCGGAGUCGGGGCCAGCGUCGUCGGCGGCCGCAACUGGGGACGGGGUGAGCGGCGGGCAGGCGGAGGUUGAUGCGAUCCGGCCCGGGACGGAGGAGACGCCGACCCCGGAGCUGCCGCUGGUGGACGAGAUGUUUGAGGCCGUCCGAUCCCGUGGCGCUGGCGUCCAUGUGGUCCCUACCUUUGCUGGAUGGUUUUCAUGGAAAGAAAUCCACUCGGUUGAGAAGCAGACCUUGCCUUCUUUUUUUAAUGGAAAAUCUGAGAAGCGGACACCUGAGGUAUAUUUGGCGAUUAGAAAUUCGAUCAUGAUGAAAUUUCAUGCCAAUCCUCAAUUGCAGCUGGAGUCCAAAGAUCUGGCUGAGUUGUCAAUCGGAGAGACCGAUGCUCGGCAGGAAGUCUUGGAAUUCUUGGAUCACUGGGGCUUGAUAAAUUUCCACCCUUUCCCACCUGCUGGACAUGAGGAGAGUAAGCCAGAGGAGAGCCAAGACAAUUCUAAUGAUGAGAAAGCUUCUUUGAUCGAGCAGCUGUUUAAAUUUGAAUCAGUUCAAUCAUAUAUGAUGCCUUUACCAAAGAAAGAAGAUGUGGGAGCUCCGCCCCCUCUGCCUAGCUUGUUUCCUGAACCUGUACUCAUUGAAGAUGUGGUUGCAGCAGCUGAGCCUUCUGUUGAGUACCACUGCAACUCCUGUUCAGUUGAUUGCUCACGGAAGCGCUAUCAUUGUCGGACCCAGGCAGAUUUUGACCUCUGUUGUGAUUGCUAUAAUGAAGGGAAGUUCGAUCCAGGCAUGGCCAAAACCGAUUUCAUCCUCAUGGAUUCUGCAGAAGUUUCAGGUGCUAGUGGUACUAGUUGGACUGAUGAGGAGACAUUACUUCUUUUAGAAGGUUUGGAAAUUUUUGGUGGAAAAUGGGCUGAGAUUGCUGAACAUGUUGCUACUAAGACAAAAGCACAAUGCAUGUUGCACUUUCUUCAAAUGCAGAUUGAAGACCGCUUCCAUGAUGGCGAAGAUAUUAAUCAAAACAUUCCAGUAAGUACAGAGCAAGCCACAACUGAGAAAGUAAUUGCUGAAACAUCUGAAAAAAUGGAAGUUGAAGAUAAAGUGGAAGGAAGAGAUACUGCGGAUGAGAAGGCCUCAGAGAAAACAGAGGGAAACUGUGAAGAAACAAAAACUGAAGAUGCAAGUGUUGUUGUAAAUAAAGAUACUCAGAAUUCAGGUGGCAAAGAUUCAGGUGCAUCUCCAAGCACUGAAGAGCCAAAGCAAUCUUCUGAUAUAGUAAAGGAAAAUUCUGCAGAUGUAGAUACUUCUGGUGAAAAACUAUCAAAUGUUGCUAUUGAUAUCCUAAAAUCUGCAUUUGAGGCUGCUGGUCACAGCCCAGAAUAUGAAGGUUCAUUUGCUGAUGCAGGAAAUCCAGUUAUGGCACUAGCAGCAUAUUUAGCUGGUCUUGUGGAAGAUGAUAACACUACCACUUCAUUCCGUAAUUCACUAAAAGCUAUAUCUGAGGUGUCUCCUGCACUCCAAUUAGCAAGUAGGCACUGUUUUAUUCUUGAGGACCCACCAAAUGAACUCAAAGACAUUUGUGCUAGUAUAAGUAAGAAAAAUACAGAUGGUGAUCAAACAAAAGAUGAGUAUAUGAUUCAAAAUUCAAUUGAUACUGAGAAAAAAGAGAUCAAUGAGAAAGAAGAUAAGUCUUUAUCUGUGGAAAAGAAAAACAAUUCAUCCACGUCACAAAAUGACCACCAAGAAACAGACAUUAAGAGCAUCUCACAUGAUGAUUGCUCCUUAGUGGAGCCGAAAACCAAUAAUGCUAAGGAGUCAGGUGGUUCAACUGCUAUUGUAGAUAAGAGUGCAACCGACACUACAAAAGAUGUUGAUGCAGGUAAUACUAAACAAGUGAAUGACUUACCAAGUGGUGAGGUGGAGGCUCCUGAUGAUUCAUCUUUAAAAGGCAAGGAUGAGCUCAAUAAGACUGAAGAUGCAGUGGCGACACCAGCUACCAUACAGGAACAGAAACACAGCCAAACAUUGGAAAAUGGCGAUAAGGAAGGACCUAACAACAUUGAAAGUGUAGUUGUCGAUGAAGAGAAGGGAUCUAUAGUGACUGCCAACCAAAAUGAUUCCAUAACUAGGCUCAAACGAGCAGCAGCCACUGCUGUUUCAGCAGUUGCUGUGAAAGCUAAGUUUCUCGGUGAUCAGGAGGAAUAUCAAAUUCGAAGGCUGACAGCACUUAUGAUUGAAAAGCUGUUCCAAAAAAUAGAAGUGAAGAUGUCGUUGUUUUCAGAGAUUGAGCAGGUGGUCCUUCGAACAAGAGAGUAUACCGAGAAGACCAGAAAGAAGCUCCUAAUGGAACGAAAUGCCAUUAUUGCAGCUCGGAUGGGUGCAUUGCCGUCUAGGCCAAACCAGCCUGGUGUAGCCGGAAACAGGUUACCACCUGGAUAUGGCAACCCUCCUGUAAGGCCUCCAAACGCAUUGCCACGGCCUACCAGCUGA